AUGGAUAUAGCAGACACAAAACUUGGUAAAUAUGUAGCCAUUGAUUGUGAAAUGGUGGGUGUUGGACCUGAUGGUGAAGACUCUGCAUUGGCCAGAGUAUCUAUUGUUAACUUUAAUGGUGCUGUCUUACUGGAUGCGUAUGUGAAGCCUUUGGAAAAAGUGACAGACUAUCGUACACAUGUGAGUGGUAUUGAACCCAAACACUUGGAAAGUGAUAAAGCAAUCACAUUUAAGGAGGCACAAGAAAAGGUAGCAGCGAUCAUUAAAAAUCGUAUUCUUGUCGGACACGCCGUGCACAACGAUCUCAAGGUUUUGAUGCUCUCACAUCCUACCUUAUUAAUACGUGAUACAUCUCGUUAUAAACCAUUUCGUAAAUUGGCAAAGGGUAGAACUCCUGGUUUGAAGAUGUUGGUUAAAGAAGUGCUGGGUAUUUCUAUUCAGUCAGGAAGUCACUCAUCUAUCGAAGACGCUAGAUUUACUAUAGAGUUAUAUAAAAGUGUAAAGGCAGAAUGGGAAAAAUCAUUUGGUGCUCGUAGUGGGCUUAUUAUGAAAAAGAUUCAAGAAAAGGAAGAAAAGUCGAAGAUUAGAAAAAAGAAAGUGUCCAUAAAGGAAGAAAUAACAGUCAUCAAACAAGAUGAGAUAGAAGAAGGCGGUUCAGAUGGUAGCAGUGAUAGUGAUAGUGAUUAA